AUGCCCAAGUCCAAGCGACAGCGCACGAAGACGCUCACGCAGGCAAACAAGAAGGGCAAUGAGCUGAAGAAGAACGUGGUGGAGGCCAUUCGUAAUGCCGUGGACACGUACGAGUCCGCGUACGUCUUCAGCUUCCAGAACAUGCGCACCAGCCAUUUCAAGGACGUGCGCAUGGACUUCAAAGACAGCCGCUUCUUUCUCGGCAAGAACAAAGUCAUGAAGCUUGCACUCGGGCGCUCGAAGGAGGACGAGUACGCCGAGAACCUCUGUCGCCUUUCGAAGGACGUUAGCGGCAACACCGGUCUUCUGUUUACCAGCAAGCCACGCGACGAGGUGAUGGACUACUUUGCCAAGCUCUCGGUGAGCGACUACCCGCGUGCUGGUUUUGUGGCCACUGAGACGAUCACAGUCUCCGAGGGACCGCUGCCGCAAUUCAUUGGCAGCAUGCUGGAAUCGCUGCGUGGCCUGGGACUUCCUGUGGACUUGAAGAAUGGCGUCGUGGUGCUGAGCCGGAACUACACCAUUUGCAAGUCUGGACAAGCGCUGACUCCGGAGCAGGCCAAGCUGCUUGUGCACUUCGAUCACAAGAUGGCCGAGUUCAAGCUCGUGAUGCUGAGCGUGUGGUCCAAGGACAAGUACCAGCAACUCGCGACUGAUGUGGCCGUGACCUCUGGUGAAGACGAUAUGGAAGACGAAGAUAUGUAA